UAAAUCAUUAUUUUUUUGUGUCAAGUUUGUUUGAGCCUGCUUGUCUGCCUGUAGACGAACCUACACCAUCUAAAAGUAAAGAAGAAAAAUAGAACACAAAAUCUAAGGAAGUCCAUCAUAAAGUAAUGUCAAAUCUGGACGCCUAACACCCCCAAAUCAACUUGAUUAGUGUCCGGUUUGAAUCAAUCCCAACCAAGUGAUACAAAGCUGAUUACGCAAGGAUUCCAUGAACUGACCCUGAUAUCCCUCUGCCUGUCAUUCAGUGAGUCAGAGUGUGAGUUGACACCCGAGCUGAGCCAUGGGGUUUGGCUGUCCUGAGGGUCACUUCUGGGAUGGCCUGGUGAGGAAGUGUCUGACCUGUCAGAUGGUCUGCCAGCAGCCGCACCACCACCUCAGAUGCAUCGAGUACUGUGCUUCUCUAGGGUGUAAGGCAGUCCCAGGGCAGUACUACGACAGGCUGUUGAAGAAGUGUCUGACAUGUGCUGUGGUGUGUGGCAACCAUCCCUCAGAGUGUUCCCGCCAAUGUAAGACCCAACAGCCUGACUUGAGUGCAACCUUGAGGCCUGUGGACGGGACAGUCUUCCAGAACCCUACCACCAAGGGGGGCUCCCUACUCAGUGGUGUGCCUAACUCAGUCAUCCUGGUGUACUCUCUGCUGGGCUUGUGUCUGGCACUGCUGCUGUUGACCCUGUCUUUGGCCCUGCUUGUGCUGCUGAGGAGGGCCAGUGCCAGAGGUCCCCGACCAGGGGCCACACAGAGCAGUCCCACCCAGGGCCGUGGAAGCCAGGAGGCCCAAGAGCCUAACCAGCACAGCAAGUCCUCCAAAGACAACCUGAUGGAUCCAUCCCUGCCCAAGCUGAACAGUGUGACAGCGGGCCGUUCGUCCAGCCCAAUAGAGACCUGUGUGUGUGUCCACUGCUUCCCUGACCUCAGAGUGCCUGGCAGAGGUGAGAAGCAGCAGAGACCCCCUCUCACCCUCUACCAGCAGGCUGUCCCCCAGGACCUCCACACUCCUACCAGACGACUCACUUGUGGAUCAUCAGAAAAAAUAAUCUGCUCCCCCUCUCAGCCUAGCUUCUGACCGGAGCAGAACUGAAACCGACUGGACACUACGGCAAUCAUAGAAAUCCUAUUAAAUUACUAGAGGGGCUAUGUCAUAAACCCUCAAAGUUCCAUAAUGGGGUGAAAAUGGCAGCAAUCUUGGUCAGGGAGAAAUCCAAAACCAGUCUAAUUGGAAUGAAUGGCAGAGGCAUAGGUGAUGCAUUUCCUGCUUUUACUGAUGCAGGAAAAUAAAAGUAAGGCAGGUGAUGUAUUAGAAAUUGUGUAAUGUAAUUAUAGUCAACCUAAAAUAGUAUUGUAAUUCUAAAAACAUUUGAUACUGGUUUUAUACCAUUUUUCUGUACAAAUACCUUCUAAAAUACAUGUAAACAGACCAUACGUCUUAGUUUUCUUGAAAAACGGUGUGCUACUCUAUGAUACAAUAUCAGUACUCGUUGCAUUUAGGUCUCAGUCAUAUCAUCAACUGAUUUGAGCCCGUGUAUAGCUGUGUAUUGUCUGCCUUGUUUGAAUGGAAUGUUUGCUUGUUGGCAGUUAAUUAGAAACAUUUAUGGUGUCCUUCCUCAAAAACUGGUUGGGCAGCUAGCUAGCAAACACCCAUACCGUCAUGUCCUGAUCUGUUUCACCUGUCCUUGUGAUUGUCUCCACCCCCUCCAGGUGUCGCUUAUUUUCCCCAGUGUAUUUAUCCCAGUGUUUCCUGUCUCUCUGUGCCAGUUCGCCUUGUAUGUUUCCAAGUCAACCAGCGGUUUUCCCGUUCUCCUGCUUUUUGCAUUCUCCUUUUUCUAGUCCUCCUGGUUUUGACCCUUGCCUGUUUCUGGACUUUGUACCCGCCUGUCUGACCAUUCUGCCUGCCCCGGCCACUCUGUACCUCCUGGACUCUGAUCUGAUUUUGACCUUUUUGCCUGUCCACGACCAUUCUCUUGACUACCCCUUUGGAUUACUUAACAUUGUAAGACUCCAACCAUUUGCCUACUGUGUUAGCAUUUUGGUCUCACCUUGUGCCUCGAUACACACAGAGCAGAUCAGUUUUACACAAUAUCUUAAUACAGCACUGGCAAACCAAAGUUGACCAACUCCCUGACUAUCAUGGCUGACCUUUGGACCAUCAUGAGGUUCAUGGCCAUUCUAGUAUUAUAAUUCUAUUAUAGUCGCAAUAAAACAACCCUAGACAGAUGACACGCCCACUCCAGGGUAGUUUCCCCUAGGUACAGAUCUAGGAUCAGCUUGCCCUCCACAAUCCUAACCUGAACCAUUAGGAGGAAAAAAACAACUAAACUGUCCCAAGAUCAGCCACAUCUAUGGGUAACUUCACCUGGCCUACACCAUGCAGACCAGAAACUGUGACGUGAGAAGUCUGGAGAGCAGAAAUUAAAUAGGUGGUAAAGGAUACACAAACGGUAUUGAGGGAGUGACACACAAGGGAGUAACAGAGAACAUGAUUUAUGCCUGUAUGUACUCACCCCAAACAAAUGACACCCGCUGCAUCUCUCGGGAGACAUUCACAUGUGGGUGGCCUCCUUGUGCCAUGAUUCAGCAAAGACCUCCAGUAAGUCUUGUAGAAGUUAAUAAAACCCUGAAGCACACGAGAGUAUAGACAUAGAUUUUUUAUUGUGUGUCUCACCAUCAGUGUCCAGUUCUUGCAGCAGAUAAAGUGUGGGGGAUGUAUUUUUGACUAGCAUAAUAACCCUUGACCUUUUCCAGCCACAUGGAUAAAGGAACUCAGUUUAUACCUUGGUUUUCUUUUUUAACAUACAUACAUACUUUAACAUACAUAAUUAACAUGUGAAAAAAAAAGUACUGAUUCAGUACACAAACAUGCGCACAACACAUGUGCGUACACCCACACACACAAUUAGAGCAACAUGUGGCCAAAGUUUAACACUGUCGGAUCGCGCCACGGCAGGAUACACACCGUGUCAGAAUAGUGCUCGUCUUUUUCUUAUUCACAACAACGCAUCACCUGAAACAUCUUCACAACCAUGUCAGCAACAAAAUAAUUAUCCCGUCACAAGAAACAAACAAACCAACCAACAAAUGUGAAAAAGGCUCGACAACAGCAGUCUCAUGAGAAGAAGCAUACAUUUUUUCAAAAAAUACAUGAUUGACUGCACAACAUAACAAGGACAGGGGUUCGAGGGAGGGGGGAACAUUGGAAACCGUGAACAAGGAUUCAAAUGACUUAUAAAAAUAUACUUCUAUAUUUUCCCUGCCCUCACAGAAAAAAGAAAAGAAAAGAAAGAGGGUGGGACUUUUCACAGAACAACCUCCUCCCUUUCUCUACCUCCCAUCUUUUUUUCAG